CGUAGCAUUCAGUACCGCAUAUCUUAUUUCUAAGGCUUCGGCCCGCAGAGUUUCGUCCUACGGGAAGACAGCUUUAUAGGAGCUACGACGCCCGGUUGGCUCGCGACAAUGCAGGUCAUUGCUGCGGGCUUAGUUGUCCACCUACUGAAAAGGAUACCCCGCAGGUAGGCAGCAGAGGUUGCACAAAUGGUUGGUUUUUUUGUUUGGGGGGUUGGAGGGUUUAAUUGACCUACCUUAGCAAACGGUUUUUCGAAAAUUUUGGACUUAAAAUUUUCCUUUCAUUGAGUAUUCGAAAUGGCGAGUGUUCCGUAUGAUGUUAUCGCGGCUUCGAAACCGUUCCGCUUCCUCGUCGGUCCCGACAAAAAGGAAUUUCUGAUGCACGCCGAGCUCGUCGGUCGCUUGUCGAAGCCCCUUUGGACAUUGGUUAAUGGCGAUUGGCAAGAGGGUAAGACGGGGCUUGCUGAGUGGCCUGAGAUUGAUGAAGGGACUUUUGUGAGGUUUUGCGAGUUUGCGUAUACGGGCGAUUAUAAGGCUGCUGAGUCGACUAUCGAGGUUCCUACGCCGGAGACGCUGGAGAAUGUUGGUUCAGGUGAUGCUACUACGUCCGAAACGGUUGUCGAAGAAACGGAGGCACAGCUAGCGACUAAUUUCGAAGAUGUUGAUAUGCACGCCAGUCCAGCACCAGAACCAGAACCGGCGAGGGCGGAGCCCUUUGGGGGUAUAUUCGCAAAAUCUUCGUCCAUAAAGGCGAAAAAGAAGAAAGUGCCAAGUCCUUAUACGUGGGCGGAGGAUGAUUUACCCCCGGAACCAUUGCAACCGUCACCGUCGAAGGGAAAUACCUUAUGGAAGGAGUUCAAACGAGGCGUUAGUGAUACCGAGCUGGAUAAGCGGCACAAGGAGCUAGCCAACGAAGACCCAAUGGAGAACUUCUCUGAAGUUCUCUUAUCCCACGCACGGCUUUAUGCUCUUGCCGACUGCUAUGACAUCAGCGAACUCAUGGAGUUGUGUCUUCGCAAGUUACAACGGACUCUGCGGGUAUUCAAGUUCCAUGGCGGGGCGAGAGUAACGGACAUCGCCCAAUUGCUCGACUACUCUUUUAAGAACACACAAGACAAGGCUACCGGGAAAGAUCAGUUGCGAAGCCUACUUGCGACUUACGUUGCCUGUCGUAUUGAAGUGUUAUGGCCAAACAUCUACUUCCAAGAUGUUUUAGAGUCGUCGGGUGAGGUGUCAAAAGCUAUAGUGGGACAACUCCUAAGGAGAGUGAACUAAGCUUGUGUAUGUGUAUGAGGGUUGAGUUAUGAGCUGAUAUUAUGUAUUAUCCCCUAACUUCUAUUGAGAUUUUCCGGUCUUAUCGAAAAUUGGUUUGUAUGUAAUGAUUACGAGGAUGGCAGGCUAUAAUUAUGAACGAUAUCUCGCCUAACUUUUUGUCUCUAUAUUUCAUUUACACCAUGGCUCCACCCGGAAUCCAUGAGGAACUAAGGACGUGAUUAUCUGUUGGUAAGUUAUCACCAAAAAAAAAAAUCACCUUCAAUAAUUCAUUCUCACUCUAUGGACUGCAGUAAAUUUAUAAUGACGUGCGAC